AUGUCCAAAUCUUAUUUCAUCUCGGGUGGUAAUCGUGGUAUUGGAUUCUCCCUCGUCAAAACGCUCAGCUCUUCUUCAUCAAAUACCGUGGUCGCCAGCGCCCGAAAUGUGGCAGAAGCGCACGAGCUGAAAAAAUGGGCAGAAACUCAUUCAAACGUGAAAAUCGUGUCGUUGGACACUUCUCGCGCAGAAAGCAACAUAGCGGCCGCCAAAGAAACUGCACAUCUUUUGCCACAAGGUCUGGAUGUCUUGAUUGCCAACGCGGGGAUCGCAAAAUCCGCAAUGCCCGUUCUGGACUGUUCUGACGAAUUAUAUUACGACCAUUUUACUGUCAACACGGUUGGCCCCAUUAGGCUCCUACGCGCUUUCAAACCCUUGCUGGAUCAAAAACCCACUAAGCAAUUUGCAGUUAUCUCUUCCAUGGCCGGUUCAAUCGAUGUGAUUUCUCGCGUCCCAAUGCCUCUCUCCGCAUACGGCAUGUCGAAGGCCGCCAUCAACUACUUAGUCAAACAAUUGCACCUCGAGCUUUCGUCCCAGGGUUACAAAUGCGUUGCCAUCCACCCCGGUGCGGUAAGUAGCGAUAUGGGCAAAGAAGCGAUGGAAUCAGACUUUCUGAAGAACCUGUCCGGCAAUUUUUCUUUUAUAACGCCAGAAGAGUCUGCCUCUGCGAUCAACGAGAAUAUUUUGAAGAAGAUGCCCGAGGUCGCGGGAAAAUUCAUGUCCUACGAUAGCUCGGAGGUGGCUUGGUAG